AUGGACAGCGACAGCAGCAACGACAAAUAUGAGGGCCCCAGCGACCCGGGGCGUCGCCGCAGCAGCAGCAGCAGCAGCAGCGACAGCGACAGCAGCAGCAGCAGCAGCCGCAGUAGUAGCAGCAGCAGCAGGAGAAAACAGCAGAACCAAACGGACAGCAGCAGCCCUGCAGGUGCUGGCAGCCACAGAGGCAGCCGCAGCAGAAGCCGCAGCAGCAGCAGCAGCCGCCGCAGCAGCAGCAGCAGCAGCAGCAGCAGCAGCGGCAACUCCGAAACAGAUGAAGACUUCUUGCGAAAGGAUCAUUCGGAGGUGUCUGACAUUGAGGAGUUCCUGUGGGGCCGCCCAAGCACUGCAGCAGCAGGAGCAGCAGCAGAUGCAGCAGCAGCAGAAGACAACGAUUUACUCGAUGAUGCAGACUACUUGAAGGGAAAUGCUGCUGCUCCUGCAGCAGCAGCAGGUGGGGAAGCAGCAGCAGCAGCAGCAGCAGGCGAUGAGGACUACGGCACGAAGACCUCUGCAGCCGCAGCAAGUGCAGCAGCAGCAGCACGAACUGUGCUGCUGCAGCAGAGCAGCAAAGCAGCAGCACUAUUUGAUGAAGAAGCUCCUCCUUUCUUGCGCGCUGUGCUGCUGCAUGAUGCAGCAGCAAGAAUGCGGAAGCAGCAGCUGUUGCUAGCAGCUUUGAACGACCUUACCCACGCAGAAGUGAGGCACGACGCAGCAGCAGCAGCAGCAGCUGCUGCUGCAGCAGCAGCAGCAGGCAAUGCUGCUGCAGCAGCAGACCCCUCCCAGCCCCCGCAGCCCCUCCGCCCAGGGCGGCGCAGCAACGGCGCCGAGCCGCUUUUCAGUGACCCUGCACAGCAGCAGCAGCAGCAGGAGCAGCAGCAACAGCAGCAGCAACAGCAACAGCUGCUGCAGCAGCAGCAGCAAAAAGCAGCACUCAAAGCCCAAAAUCCUAAACUGGCCAAAAUCAUGCAGAGUGUCUUUGGCAAGAGCAAGCCGGUGGGCCGUUUUGGGGUAUACGGACAGCAGCAAGGCUCCAGAGCAGCAGCAGCAACAGCAGCAGCAACAGCAGCAACAGGUGCAGCAAAUAGGGCAGCAGCAACAGCACCUGCGCAGCAGCCAGUCUUUGUCACUCCACCAGCUAGCAGCAGCAGUGAGUCGUCCUCCCAAAGGGAGGCCGAACAAGGGGCUGAAGCAGCAGCAGCAGCAGCAGCAGCAGCUGCUGCUGCUGCUGCUGCUUCAGCCCCUUGUUCGGCCUCCCUUUGGGAGGACGACUCACUGCUGCUGCUAGCUGGUGGAGUGACAAAGACUGGCUGCUGCGCAGCAGCUCCUCCUCCUCCUCCUGCUGCUGCUGCUGCUGCUGCGCCGAAGCACGUGACCACAGUCGUGCUCAACAUUUCUCCUGCUGCAGUGCGCAGCCUGAGAGAUGCAAAUUUGCUGCUGAAGAGAGAAGGCUGCAGCAGCGACAGCAGCAAGCAGCAGCAGCAGCUCUACGAAAUAGAAGAUGGCCACCUCACCUACCAGCACCCGCGCUUCUGUGUCUUUGCGAUUUUCGUGAGGCAGCAGCAGCAGCAGCAGCAGCAGCAAGAGUAG